UGGCGUUUUGUGAUUGACGUUCGUAAAUAGUUUAAAUUUAUGUGAAUCUUGCAAUUUUUUAGUUUUUUGUAACAUAUUUAAUAUGAGUAAUCGUAAUCUUUAUUACGAUUACGGGAACGCAAUAUCAUGUUGACAUGAGACAUUCGGUUGUCAACAAUGGUUAAAACACGAUCUUCAGCGCGGGUAGGAAAUGCUGCCCAGAGUGCCCCCGCCGAAAAUGGAGACGCGCGUCUAAAAACCUAUGACAACAGGCCACGUUCGCAAAAGAGCACCAACUCUAGGAACAGUCAGGCACUGCCAUCAGGCGGGUCGCAAGGGAACGACCCCUUGGCGCCCGCCAUCCCGAACUCUCGAAAUAUGUACCAGCAUCCAGCAGUCAGCGGGUACAACCCCAACCCACAGGAUUCGCGGGCUCAGAAUAUGCCCGUUACGGCUCGUCAGAACCCGAUGUAUGGCAGCGGCAUGUACCACGGCUACAGCGGUGGGGGCGGUGCGACCCUCGCGCCCAUGCCCUCCCCUUCGCCAACGACCCCGCUGCCCCCUUUCCCUGUGCAUCCAGAUGUUAAGUUCAAAAAGUUACCCUUCUACGACGUGCUAGCGGAUCUCAUGAAGCCGUCCACGAUGAUGCCAAUGCAAGCUGGCCGCAUGCAAGAGGGAACUUUCAUUUUCCACCUCACGCCGCAGCAGGCCACCGAGAUUGCGUGCGGCAAGGACAUCGUCGGCACUAACAAUAAACUCGAUUAUGUUGUGCAGGCACAAUUACGAUUCUGUCUGCUUGAAACAUCAUGCGAACAAGAAGACUACUUCCCACCUAGCGUUAAUGUUAAAGUUAAUAAUAAGAUGUGUCCAUUACCAAAUCCCAUACCAACAAACAAACCAACACCAGAGCCAAAGCGACCUCCGCGGCCUGUGAACAUCUCGUCUCUAGUAAAACUGUCACCGACAGUCGCGAACACGAUACAUGUUACGUGGGCAUCUGAUUUUACACGGGCAUACGUACUAAGUGUAUUUCUGGUCAAGAAGUUAACCUCAGCAGAGCUCUUGGUCAGACUAAAGGCAAAAGGAACCAAAAAUCCAGACUAUACUAGAUCAUUGAUAAAAGAAAAAUUGUCUGAGGACUACGACAGUGAGAUAGCCACGACGUCAUUGCGAGUUUCCCUAAUGUGUCCGCUGGGCAAGAUGCGAAUGUCGUGUCCGUGCCGGCCGGCGGCGUGCCCGCACCUCCAAUGCUUCGACGCGUCGCUGUUCCUGCAGAUGAACGAGCGCAAACCCACCUGGCUGUGUCCCGUCUGCGAUCGACCGGCGCCCUACGACUCUCUGGUGGUGGAUGGGUAUUUCCAAGAGGUACUGACGUCAUCAAGGCUAGCGAGCGAGUGCAAUGAGAUCCAACUGCAUGCGGACGGGAACUGGUCUGCGCACGUGCCGCCCGCCCGUGCGCCGCUUCCGCAACCCACGACCGAGCCUGUCACACUCAUAUCCGACGAUUUAGAAGUCAUACCUGUUGAUGGAAAUGGUGCCAAACGCGCGGCAGUUACCGAAAACCGUACACCUAAAGCAGUCGAGACAUUAGUGGACCUCACUUCCGAUUCAGAGGAUGAACUUCCUCUCAAGAGGAAGGUGUCGCAGCCCAAGAGCACACCGCCCGAUGUGGAUGUUCCCACGAAAACUGAAGACAACUAUAACUCCUCAAAUGCAGAAGCCGUGUCAUCGAGCGGGUACAGGUCGCCGGGUGGCGGCGCGGUUAUAUCCUUGGACAGCCCCUCCCCGCCCGCACCUGCCUCACCGCAGCCCUCUCACGCACCCGCACAUAACACACACGCCGCGCACGAACCGUCCUCGCCGAGGUGCAACAGUGACCAAUGCACAAGUAAUAACACAGAUCGGGAAGAGAAUGAGCCCGUCUCGUCGCACUGGGCGCCCUAUGCUGACACCGACCGGGACAGUCACGACUCUUAUCGGAGGUACUGACUGAGGGAGAAGAGUGGUCGCCCCUCCUACACUAGCGACCAUUCUUCUGAAGAGGAACAGGAGUCAUCCUACCCCGAAGUACCACUUAUGCAAUCCUAAGCAAGACUUCCAUAGCUUAGUUGCAAGUUUCUGUGGAGAAAUAUUUAUGUGACGUAAUUAUAAAACUGACGCAAAAAAUAUUAUGUUUUUACCUGUCGCAGAAUAUUUAUUUGUGAAUUUUUGGACGUUUCCAAAAUCAGGCCUCUUAACAUGACCAUUGUGAUAUUUUAAUAAGCGAUAAAAUAUCGUUUCUAUCAAUUAAAGAUCAUACGAAUGAUCUCACGCUGGUCAAGUUUUUGGAGACCUGCAAUGGAUUGUUUGAGCGUGUUUUGUUUAUAUGAAAUAAAAACUUACUGUCCACAUAUAGAUGAUCCCCAAAUGAGUAACUAAAUUAAAACUAGAUUCUGCCCGUGACAUCACCAUUUCCUUGAUAAUCACAGUCCAUAGUUAUAAUGCUCUAUACUAGUUAUAACGUUCGGAUGUAAAGUAAAGCUUUGGUUACCUAAGCCAACCGGGAAUUGAAAUUCAUUUUAUUUAAAAGUACGUUGAUUUAAAACGAUUUGUUUCACACCUGGGAAUGAUUCUCUUUUGAAUUAAAAUUUUCGCUCGAAAAGAAUUGACGUAAAUUUUGACACCUCUACGUACAGUUGUCAAUUUUUAUGUCACAAACUAUAUUACGAUUUAGGAUCAUAAAAAAAAAUCAGGUUCAUGCUUCUUUUUAAACAUUAAAAUAAGAUAACUUGAUCUAAUUUUAAAUUAGUAUGUUAAAUUCAAUUAGUAUGCGAUUAUUAAAUGUAAAAAAUAACUAUUGUCAGGUUAUGUCCUAACAAUAUUUGCUAGGGUGUCACACGAGUAUGGGAAAUUCUCUCGAUAAUGAUAUUAACGAAGUGAAAUAGUUUUUUUGUAAUAGAUGCAAUUUUUUUGUAAUAGAUUCAAUUUUCCCACCACAUGAUAAAUCUGUAUCAAAAUAAGUGAAAAUCCGCAUAGACAUAAAGAGAUAGACAACUUAAACUAAACAUUGGGUUAGCGCGAACUUAGCGGUUCCAAAUAGUCCUAACUUUUACGUACUGGCCGCCAGGUUUAUACGCAGAUUCAAAAGACUGAAAACCAGUGCAAGUACUAUGUUUUUUUCCCGAUGUUGCCCAAUUAAACCAAAUCGGUGCUCUGCCAAUGUAUACUCAGAAUCCUCAGCAUAUUAUAUGAUUAAUAUUUAUAAAAUUCCAAUACAAUUUCAUUUCGAUAACGUAAUACAUAAAAUAUUUUUCAAAAAUGAAACUUCUUUAGACGCUUAUUGAUUUUUGUCAAAUGAAAUUUCGCAGUGUUUUCACUGUAAAGAGAGGAAUUUCACUAUUCUCUUGCCUUGCAGCGGUCGCCGGCUUUUACAUGGUCACACAAUCCGAAGAAGUUUCACUUAUUCUGCCUUAAUUCUGUAAAUGCUUCAAUAUUUUAAGAAAUCUAAAAAUUUAAGUGCAUUUUUUUAAUAUUGUGAAUGAAAGUUUUGAUAUUGUGUGUGUGAAAAAGCAUUCUUCUAUGUUUUGUAAUUUGUACCUUCACAUUUUAAAUAUAAGAAACUCUUUUCUGUAAUUUAUUUAUAACUGAAAAAUAGAAUAAUAUGUGUAAUUGUAUAGUACGUACGAGAGUUACAUCUGGGUAACUUCAAUGCAUUACGACAUUUCCAAAUAGCACUAAAGAGUAAGAUAAUGUAGAAAUAGUAUUUAAUAAAUGUAGGCAUAAACUCAGAGCCUUACACAUCAUAUUGUGAUGUCUAAAUGUUUAUGUAUGAAGAGGUCAAAUUUGACGUCACCAAUUGCAUUUUGAUGUCAAGAUAAUCAAGACUCAGAAAAAUCAGUUCGUUUUGGAGAUGCUUUACCUAUCUUAGAUUAGACAGCUUUCUAAUCGCGCGGAAUAAUGUGCGAUAAGAGUAUAAGGAUCUUUGUAGCCAUAAUAGUAUUGUCAGUUUGUUCAUUAAGAAAAGUCAUACUAUCAGUGGCGUGCACUGCAUACAUGCAUAAAAGCACUGCAUACUGUAGUUAUUAGAACUCUUAUCCGAAUGGUUGUCUUCGUGGUAGAAAACCCUGUGCACGCCACCGUGAACUAUGUUGAUUGGCGGCAUCUUAGAGCAUGGUAAUUUUUAUAUUUGAAUCUAUUUCUUUGAAUGAUUAUCAUAAAAAGGAUUUUUUUGCAACUUAUUUAUUUAAAUAUACUUGAUCGGUGAGAAAAUAAAUAAA